AUGGCGCCCUCGCGCAAUGCCACCUUCAGCAAGUCAUUCGUGCGGCCGCGCAACGCGCGCGGUCCCGGCGGCGGUGGCCUGCCCGUCUCGUCCGAGGCGCCGCCACCGCUGCGGCAGCCGACGCGCAUCGCACGCGCAAAGACGCUGACGCGGCCAGAGCGCGGCCAGCCGCAGGUGCCGCUCAUCAAUCCGCAGGGCGUCGGCCGCAGCGCGGGCAAGGAGGGCAUCUCGGUGUGGGCGGGCUUCAGCAAGUGCAUCACCUGCUGGGCGCCCGGGCCUCUGCUGCGUGCCUGCGGCGGCCUGCGCGACGGCUCCAGCCAGCAGGCGUGGCGGGAAAAGGUUGCGCUCUGCUUCAUCGCUCUGCUGCUCGGCGGCUUCGUCGGCUUCGUGACGAUGGGCCUGAACAAGGUGCUGUGCCCCGCUGCAGCGGCCUCAUUGCCAAAUCAGCUCGCGCGCAUCGGCAAGGACAUGUCUUCUGCGGUCGGCAUCAAUGGCUGGGACAUGGGCAUUGAGCGUGCCAAGCUGCCGGGCCAGGCCGAGGUCGGGUACAACAUGUACAUGCGCGCAGGCACCAAUGCCGGCUACGACAUCACGCCGCUUUUCCGGCGCACGGCUGCAAAUGACUUUCCGGCGUGCAUCGGGCAGUCGGGCGCCUAUGCCACGAGCGACGACUGCACGCCGGCGCAGGCGGGCCUGCCCGCGUGCCCCCUCGGCGCUCUCAGCCAGGCGGCGCUGCAGAACGCGCAGAUCACCAACUCGACGCGCAAGGUCGGCUAUGCGUGGGAGGACCUGGCAGAGGGCGCGUAUCCGCACUUGAUCGUCAUCGACGGCGCGGUGCUCAACAUGCAGCCCUACCUCAACGCGAACCCGACGAACAUCACCGGCGACGAGGUCGACAUGGCGAUCCGCCGUGCGCUCGACAUGGACGUCGUGGGCGGGCGCGACGCAACGCGGCUCUUCCAGAUCCGCGCCGACCUGCGUGACGCCGUGCCGUGUCUCAAGCAAAAGUACCUGGCGGGCCGCAUCAACAAGAUCACGCCCGGCUGCUUCGUCUCGAACCUCUUCCUCUACGCGUCGCUGACGAUCAUCCUCGGGCUCGUCUUCGUGCGCUUCCUCAUGGCGAUCUGGUUCUCCUGGUUCCUGUCGUGGCGCAUGAGUGCCACGCCGAAGGACUACGGCACGGGCCGCGGCGCGUACAACCACAUGCCCGAGGGCGCGCUCACGACCGUCGACCAGCGCGGCACGGCGCCGUGGGCGAACAAGGAGCGCCCGACGCCCUCGAAGCCGGCGCGCCUGCGCCACGACGACACGGGCCUCUCGUCGCAGACGACGAUGCAGAAGAUCGGCAACGAGCCUUACGUCGUCUGCCUCGUCACGGCCUACUCGGAGGGCGAGGAGGGCAUCUCGAACACGCUCACGUCGCUCGCCGAGACGGACUACCCGGACUCGCGCAAGCUGCUCUUCGUCGUUGCCGACGGCAUGGUCACGGGCUCGGGCGAGUCGAUGUCCACGCCCGACAUCUGCGUCGGGCUCCUCGACGCCGACGUGCGCUUCGGCACGCCGAUGCCCAUGAGCUUCAUCAGCGUGGCGCAGGGCGCCAAGAUGCACAACAUGGCCAUGGUGUACGCCGGGCACUACACGCGCGGCAAGGGGCACCGCACGCCGAUGGUCGUCGUGGUCAAGUGCGGCACGCCCGGCGAGGCGGGCGAGAACAAGCCGGGCAACCGCGGCAAGCGCGACGGCCAGAUGAUCCUGAUGAACUUCUUCCAGCGCGUCACGUACAACGACCGCAUGACGCCGCUCGACUUUGACCUCUUCCGCAAGCUGCACGCGCUGAUGAGCGUGACGCCCGACUUCUUUGAGCUCUGCAUGAUGGUCGACGCCGACACGAAGGUGUACCCAAAGUCGAUGCGCAUGCUCGUCAACGCCAUGACGCGCGACCACAUGAUCAUGGGCGCGUGCGGCGAGACGCGCAUCUCCAACAAGCGCGCCUCGUGGGUCACGGCCAUCCAGGUGUACGAGUACUUCAUCUCGCACCACAUGGUCAAGGCGUUCGAGGCCGUGUUCGGCGGCGUGACGUGCUUGCCGGGCUGCUUCUCGAUGUACCGCAUCAAGGCGCGCAAGCCGUCGGACGACGACUGGGUGCCCGUCAUCGUCAAGCCCGAGGUGACGCGCGAGUACAGCCAGAGCGUCGUGACGACACUGCACCAGAAGAACCUGCUGCUGCUCGGCGAGGACCGGUUCCUGACGACGCUGCUUCUGCGCACCUUUCCGAACCGCAAGAUGGUCUUCGUGCCGCAGGCGCGCUGCCGCACCGAGGUGCCGCACACGUUCAAGAUGCUCCUCUCGCAGCGCCGCCGCUGGAUCAACUCGACGAUCCACAACUUGAUGGAGCUCGUGCUGGUGCGCGAUCUGUGCGGCACCUUCUGCUUCUCGAUGCAGUUCGUCGUGUUCAUGGACCUCAUCGGCACGGCCGUGCUGCCCAUUGCCAUCGCGCUGACGUACACAUUGGUCGUGACCUACUGCCUCGAUCCGCCAUCGUCGUUCACCGAGGCGAUCCCGCUCAUGCUGCUGGUGGCGGUCAUUGGCCUGCCGGCGGUGCUGAUCCUGCUGGCCACGCGCAAGAUCGUCUACGUGGCGUGGAUGGGCAUCUACCUGAUUUUCCUGCCGGUCUGGAACUUCAUCCUGCCCGUCUACAGCUUCUGGAACUUUGAUGACUUCAGCUGGGGCGAGACGCGCAAGGUCGAGGGCGAGGGCAAGGACACGGGGCACACGGCCGACGACGGCACGUUCGCCGCCGCCAGCGUGCCGCUGCGCCGCUGGGAGGACUGGGAGCGCUCAUCGCGCAAGCGCGCCGCGCGCGAGGAGAAGCGGCGCCGCGAGAUGGAGCGGCAGUUCGGGCGCGGCUUCUACAACGACAAGGCGCACCCGGACCAGCCCGAGCCGGACAGCGACUCAUUCAGCGACAUGGCCUCCAGCUUCGAUCCCGAGGAGGACCAGUGGGGCCUGCACAUCAGCGCCUUCGACGAGCAUGCGCCGCCGCCGCUCGCCAUCGUGCGGCACAGCAUCUGGGUCGACGGACGCGAGGUCGUCAUCGACGGCCAGGACAUGGAGGCGAUGAUGGAGAAGGGCUGGGCGGACGAGGACAGCCUCUCGCCGAUGAGCGCAGCACGCGGCGCAUCGCAGCCGCUCGCGCCCAGCGCAGCCAACGCGCGCCGCAGCGGGCGCUGGAGCAAGAUCCACACGCCUGUGCCCGCGAUCCCGCACCGCUUCAGCCAACAUCCGCAGCAGCAGACGCCCGGCCGCGCCGGCAUCUCGCUCGACGUCGUGCCGCCAUCGCCGAACGGCGACGACCCGUACGCGCCGCUGGUGCGCGGCAUGUCGCAGCCGCCGUCGCCGUCGUUUGGGCCUGGUGGCACGCCGCACAACUACGCGCGUCCGAGCUUCCAGUCGGGCUCGUCGGGCGCCUCGUCGGCCGUGUCGGGUCGGCAGAUCCUGCCGCAGCAGCAACAGCAGCAGCACGCGCGGCAACGCUCGCAGGGCUCCGGCACCCAUCACUACCACGGCAUCGCCGGCGGGCCGCUGGGCUUCUCAGACCACGGCCCGCCGCCGCCGCGCUUCUAG